AUGGCUCUCAUUCUUGGUUUCUUGUCGUUGGCUUCGACUGCUUCUGCUGCCUUCAGCCACAACCUCAACUACUUCUCCCCAUCGCUGCACCACCCAUCCCUUGGUGUGUCCAUCGGCAAGGUCGCCAAGAGGAGCUAUAACGCUCCGUGCUGGGAUCCUUUAAAGCUCAACUUCACGCACGGCGUCGCCUCUGGUGAUCCGUACGAGACCAGCGUGAUCCUCUGGACUCGCAUUGCUCCCACCAGCGAUAAUGACAGGAGCAACGUGACCGUCGAGGGCUCAGUUCCCUUGUAUGACCACAACAAUGCGUACUACGUCUCUCAGAGUAGUGCACCUAUCUGUGUUGAGUGGACUAUCAGCGCCGACAAGUCUGGCACGAAGGACCCUCUUAGCUCUGGACAAGUGUACACGAGUUCCGAUGUGGAUUACACUGUCAAGGUCGAGGCCACCAAGCUAAGCGGCUUCUCUACGUACUAUUACCAGUUCAGGGUCUGCGGAUCCAGCAAUGUCUCGCCCAUAGGCAGGACCAAGACAAUCCCCGCAAAGGAUGCCAAAGUCAGCUCGCCGAUUCGGCUUGCCAUCUACUCGUGUAGCAACUACCCCUUCGGUUUCUUCAAUGCCUACGGCAACCCCGUGCGGAAGGACUCGGUUGACUAUGUCAUCCACCUUGGUGACUACAUUUACGAGUACAAGAAUGGUGAUUAUGGGUGGGGCAAUUCGCUCGGUAGAAUCCCCCAGCCCGACAAGGAGAUCUACAGUCUUUACGACUACCGCAAACGCAUUGCCCAGUACAGAACCGAUCUGGAUCUGGUAGCCAGCCACCAGGCGUUCCCCUGGAUCCCAGUGUGGGAUGAUCACGAGGUCUCUGACAACACGUGGAAGGCUGGUGCCUCGGAGCUCAACAACACUGAAGACUCUUUCAUCAAGGAUGGUGGCGUCUCCGUUGACCAGCGCAAGAUGAACGCCGUGCGAGCCUACUUUGAGUGGAUGCCUCUUCGCCAGGUCGACAUGGACGACAAUCUGCGCAUUUGGCGCACUUUUGAAUUUGGCAGCUUGUUUGACCUUAUUAUGCUGGAUACGCGUCAAUACGACCGCUCUAUCACGGACGUCUACUGGAACACGGACUACGUACACGAGAUCUCCAACGACGCGGGCCGUAGCAUGAUGGGUGCCCGACAGGAGCACUGGUUCUACAACCAGCUGACGUCCAGUCAGGAGCGCGGAGCAGCAUGGCGGAUCGUCGGCAACCAGGUGAUCUUCAGCCGCAUGAACGAAAGCUUGGCUCUUGGUGAUGCCAACCCUCUAAACUACGACGCCUGGGAUGGCUACGUGGCCAACCGCAACCGUACCUUCAAGACGCUGUACGAAAACAACUUGACCAACAACAUCUUCUUGGCGGGUGACUCACACGCCUCAUGGGUCAGUGACCUCACGUGGCUGGACACUCAUCCUUAUGAUCCCAAGACCGGCAGCGGGUCUGUGGGUGUCGAGUUUGCAGGCUCCGCCGUGAGUUCGCCCUGCCCUGCGGGACAGAACAUCUCCCAGGCAGCGGCCAAUCAGGGAUCCGCGUGGCUCACGGCGGCCAACCGCGAGCUACAGUGGCAGGACCUCUUUUACCGCGGCUACUUUGAAUUGUCUAUUGACUACACCUCGGUGAAUGCCUCCUUUUUCGGUAUCCCCACCACGAGGAUCAAGCAGGGAUACGAGGUCAGCCUGGCAAAUUUCUCCGUCUUUUCUGGCGAGAACAAGCUGCACCGCACCAGUGGAAGCGCCGCUGUUGGCAUUGUCGAGAGUGGGAGUCUGAAGAAUGGCAAGAUGGUGUCGACCAACUUGACGUACGACACAGCUACUAGCAAGUACUUCAUCUACAACGCUCCACCCAAUAUGUAG